AUGCCUGCUUCAACCUCCAGUCAGCCAAAAUUCUUGUCCCUCGGGAUGGAAUGGGAGUUCCAUUUGAAGCACACGGAAGCCAAACCUAGAGCUAGAAAGGCAGUUUCGGCGCCAAUUGUUGGCCUAGUCAUCUCCUUGGUCGAUUCUGACAUCGAAAUUCACAAGCUGGUUGCCGGGUACAUCCGAGCCGCUGGACUAACACCCUACAUUUCUCACCCAGACGUCAACAAAAACGAGACAGUCACAAAUGCCUACGAGAAAGGAAAGAGUUGGGCUGUCAAGACAGAUCCCACGCUCGAAUUUGACCCCCCAAAGGACGCCAACUAUGAGCUGGCAUGCUUCGAGGUCACGUCGCCGAUCUUCAUGCCCGAGAGCGACGGCGUCCAUCGCCACAAGAAUACCAUCGUCCGGUUGCUGGGCGCCUGCCGCAAUUUGUACGACAAGGAGAAGCGGCACGGACACUGCAGACGCUACGCCUACAACCUCGACAGCACGGGUCUGAUGGAAGUCUGCCUCCUGCAGGGCGAUCAAAAGCCGUUCGAUGUGGAGUAUCGCAUGGGCUACAGCUUCGACUCGCUGUGGCGCGCCAAGGGGACGGAGAAACUCAAGCACACGAUUAAGUUCCGCAAGCACGAGGGCACACUCGACCCAGACGUGUCCAACGCGUUCGCCAUGAUCUGGUGCACGCUGGUCGGACAAGCCUUUGCCCCGUUUCUUAAGGCCAUUCUAUAG